AACAACAAUAACAACAACAAUAACAACGACAACAACGACAAGUUGACAACAACGACAAUCGUGCAUCAUCUCCUCCAUCACCCACGCAGUCAUGGCUCCAGGAUGGGCCCAACCGAAGAAAGCCAUUGCUCUGGGAUAUGGCAGUAGCCGUGAAUGAGACCGGCGAUGGUAAUAGUAUGCACUCAAUUCUCGGAAUGCGCUCCCUCUUCCCUGCUGCUAGGCGCCGAACCAGGCAUGCUUAUGUUUCAUAUCCACGCCCUCGCAUGGGAAGAGCAUCGUGGGCGUGGCCGCUCGGCUGUUCAACAAAGUCUCUGGGUGACAGCAUGGAUAUUGCCGGCGUCUGGAAUCAUUUGGCUACAGCACAAUGCUACCGAGGUACCUACAGGCUCAGGCUGUGUGACCCUUGAACCUGCACAAUCGAUCUGUCCAGUACCUCCCGACUGUCCUCCUCUUCACAGCCUACACUGCCUACCACGUGUCGUCUGCCUCUCGACAGGUACUACUGCGCAGUAGUAUCUCACGUGAGCCUGUUUCAUGAGAGCUCGGGAAAAGAGGAGGAGGAGGAGGAGGUAUCUCAGUACCUGACAUACCUCAGUCGGUCUGUCUCACCCACACACACACAGGUGAGAAAAUAUACAUCCAGGAAAUCUCCGAAGCUACAAGGGUAUCAGAUGGGACGACGGGGAAACGGAGUAGAACCGGG